AUGAGAUGAGAAGGUGCACUAUAGACCAUCAUCCACCAUUCAGUGAAUGUUUGUGCAUCUUAGGCUGUGCACAAAACCUUCUUCCCUUCUAUAAAUUAAGGUAUCAAGUUCACAAGAUCUCCACCACUUCAAAUUAUUUAUCCUCCAGAGCAAGCAAGCAACAUGGGUUCUUUUGUAGCUCAGAAUAAGCCUCAUGCUGUGUGCAUUCCAUUCCCAGCACAAGGCCAUGUUAACCCUAUGAUGCAAUUAGCUAAGCUUCUUCACUCAAGAGGCUUCUAUGUCACCUUUGUCAAUACUGAGUUCAAUCACAAACGCUUAUUGCGAUCCAAAGCUCCUGAUGCUCUCAAGGGCUUCAGUGAUUUCCAGUUUGAAACCAUACCGGAUGGAUUGCCACCGUCCGACCGCGAUGCUACACAGGAUGUUCCUUCACUAUGUGCUUCAGUUCAGAAGAACUGCUUGGCUCCACUUCGUGAUCUACUGAAAAAGCUUAAUUCCUCCACCAGCGUACCUCAAAUCUCUUGCAUUGUUUCUGAUGGAAUCAUGAGUUUUUCCAUAGAAGCUGCUAGGGAGCUAGGCAUCCCUGAAGUUCAGUUAUGGACUACCUCAGCUUGUGGCUUCAUGGGCUAUCUCCAUUACGAUGAGCUUAUCAAAAGAGGCAUUAUACCACUCAAAGAUGAGAAAGACAUCAACAAUGGCUAUCUUGACACACCCAUUGAUUGGAUACCAGGCAUGGAAGAUAUUAGGCUCAAGGAUCUCCCUAGCUUUAUCAGAACAACUGAUCCCAAUGAUAUUAUGCUCAAUUUUUUAGGAUCGGAAGCACAGAACUGUGUCAAGUCUUCAUCUGCCAUUAUGAUCAACACAUUUGAUGAACUAGAACAUGAAGUUUUAGAUGCAAUUGCAAGCAAGUUUCCUAACAUAUAUACCGUUGGCCCACUAGCUUUGCUGAGCCAGAACAUACCUCAGACUAAAUUGAAGUCGAUCCCAUCAAGCCUUUGGAAAGAAGACUUUGAAUGCCUUGAAUGGUUGGAUCAAAAGGAGCCUAACUCAGUUGUUUAUGUGAAUUUUGGAAGUAUCACAGUUAUGAGUGAUCAACACUUGAGGGAGUUUGCAUGGGGGUUGGCAAAUAGCAAGUUUCAUUUCUUAUGGAUCAUUAGAGCUGAUGCUGUAAUGGGUGAAUCAGCAAUCUUGUCUGUAGAGUUCAUGGAAGAAAUCAAAGAUAGAGGCUUGGUGGUGAGUUGGUGCCCACAAGAAAAAGUGCUCUUACAUUCCUCCAUAGGGGUGUUUCUUACCCAUUGUGGGUGGAAUUCUACAAUUGAAAGCAUAUGUGGUGGAGUGCCAAUUAUAUGCUGGCCAUUCUUUGCUGAGCAACAAACGAAUUGCCGAUAUGCUUGUACUACUUGGGGCAUAGGCAUGGAGAUCAACAAUGAUGUAAAGAGAGAUGAGGUUGAAACUCUUGUUAAGGAAUUGAUGGAAGGAGAAAGAGGGAAAAUAAUGAGGAAGAAGGCCUUGGAUUGGAAGAAGAAAGCAGAAGUUGCUACCAAACAUGGAGGGUCUUCUUACAGUAAGUUUGAAAAAGUAAUUAAAGAAGUCCUCCAACCAAGUGAGUAUUUUAAUGGAUAUAUGUAGGCAUAAUCUUCUUAAUAGCUUAAGUCCUAUUAUUCCUCAUAUGUCCUAUUAUUUUAUUGGCUAAAAAGAUUAUCUUUAAUAUCAUAUUUGAUUUUUUUUUUGGA